AUGCAUAAAGACACAACAGACUCUUCAGUUUCAGUAUUUCACUCUAGCGACCAAGAUGACUCUGAUUCACCCCGUUAUAUGCAGGCCAUUGACAUGAAGACUGAGCCAGAGGAGCAGUUCUGCAAUUUGCCGUUUGAUGGCAUCGAAAAGUCCAAUAGUAGCUAUGCCCACCGAUACAGAGUCUAUGUGCAUAUGCUGAUUUGGCUGGCUUUGACUGGCUUCAUCAGUGCAGCCUACGCAUUGCAAAUACCCAAGGGAUACAACCAGGAACUGCUCGUGUUGGGCAUAUUGUAUGUCUACAUUACUUGCUACAUCAUAUUUUGCCACGUGCCAACAACCAUCAUCACUACACCCUGGAGGAAAGGCAUCCAUGCAGCGUCAGACCUGAUUCAUCAACGCACAAGUUAUCGCAUUCGCACCAUUCUGUAUGGACUCACUGUACUUGGGGUCAUUGCGGCAACAGUGUUUUCCUUUCCCGAGAAAGAAGAAUCUCCACGACUGCGACGACUGAUCUCCUUGUUUGGACUAUUUGUCUUUGUCUUUGGUACCUUUGCAGCAUCUGUGCAUCGAAAGCACGUUCAGUGGAAUACAGUCAUCACUGCUAUUUUGAUGCAGUUUUUGCUGGCGUUGUUUGUAUUUCGAUCUUCAGUAGGACAUGAUCUGUUCAAGUGGAUCAGCGAUUUCGCAGAGGGAUAUCUCCACAAUGCUUGGUACGGUGCGGAAUUCGUAUUUGGUACAGCUGCUGUCAAUGCCAACACGUUUGCCCUGAAUGUCUUUCCAGCCUUGAUCUUUUUCGCAUCCACUGUGCAAAUGCUCUACUAUCUAGGGACUAUUCAAUGGGCCCUUAAAAAGCUGGCAAUUGUCUUUAUCGCUAUCCUAGGCAUCUCAGGAGCAGAGUCCAUUGUAGCUGUUGCGUCGCCGUUUUUGGGCGCAUGUGAAAAUGCCUUGUUGAUUGAGCCUCUGGUGCCUACAUUAACCAAAUCAGAGAUACAUCAGAUAUUGACAUCGGGAUUUGCAACCAUCUCUGGAUCUGUAUUGUACGGCUACAUUGCCAUGGGCGUAUCAGGCCAGGCUUUACUGACUUCAUGCAUCAUGUCGAUUCCGUGCUCUGUUGCCAUUUCAAAGCUGAGAUACCCAGAGACAGAGGAGUCGGAUACAAAGGAUAAUGCCAACAUUCCGGGACAUCAAGAUGAUGAUACAGCAAACAUAUUGCACGCUCUUGGCAAAGGAGCAGAGCUGGGUGUGAAGAUUGCACUAUUGAUCAUGGCCAACAUCACAUCCAUCCUAGGUGCUUUGUAUGCCAUCAACUCGUUCUUGACAUGGCUGGGUAACUUUCUUACAAUCCAAGAGCUGACGCUAGAGUUGAUUACUGGCUAUCUGUUUGUUCCGAUUGCAUGGCUCAUUGGUGCUGAUGACAGAGAUCUGGUCAUUGUGGGAAGACUGAUGGCAACCAAGAUCUGGUCAAACGAGUUUAUCGCCUAUAAGCAGUUGACAGAUACGUACAAGGGGCAAUUGUCUGCGAGAUCACAGUUGGUAACCACAUAUGCUUUGUGUGGAUUCGCUAAUUUCGGCAGUGUGGGCAUGCAAGUAGGCGUGCUGGGUACUCUGGCGCCAUCAAGAAUAGGCGAAAUAUCUCAUUUAGCCAUCUCAGCAUUGAUUUGUGGUUCAUUGAGUACUUGGUUGUCAGCUUCCAUUGCUGGCAUGCUUAUUUAA